GCCGUGGGCAGCCCCCGUGGGGGCCUUUCCUGCCGCCGAACGCCGGGGUCCUUCCUCAGAUCUCCGUCUGUGCUCGGAAACAUGGCGGCGCCCACGGCCACAGCCCCGGGCAGAGCUCUCCUGCGGGCCGGCGCUGAGCUGCUGCUGCGAGGAAAAGUCCGGGAACUGCUCCGGCCGCGACUUGAAGUGGGCAUCCCCCACCCGGAGCGCGACUUCAGCCUCUCUCAAAACCGGGGCACGGUCAUCGUGGAGCGCUGGUGGAAGGUGCCGCUGGCUGGGGAGGGCCGGAAGCCACGUUUGCACCGGCGACACCGCGUCUAUAAGCUGGUGGAGGACACGAAACAUCGGCCCAAAGAAAACCUGGAGCUCAUCCUCACGCAGUCUGUGGAGGAAGUUGGAGUCCGGGGUGACCUGGUCUCAGUGAAGAAAUCUGUGGGUCGUAAUUGGCUCCUUCCUCAGGGACUGGCUGUAUAUGCAUCCCCUGAAAACAAGAAGCUUUUUGAAGAGGAGAAAUUGCUGAGACAAGAAGGAAAAUUAGAGAGGAUCCAGACCAAGUCAGGUGAGGCGACAGUGAAAUUUCUGAGAAGCUGUCACCUCGAGGUGGGAAUGAAGAACAAUGUCAAAUGGGAGCUGAACCCUGAAAUAGUUGCCCGCCACUUCUUCAAGAAUCUCGGUGUUGUGGUUGCCCCCCAUACAUUAAAGUUACCAGAAGGGCCUAUCACACGGUGGGGCGAAUACUGGUGUGAGGUGACCGUAAAUGGGCUUGACACUGUGAGAGUACCUAUGUCUGUGGUGAACUUUGAGAGGCCCAAGACCAAAAGAUACAAGAGGUGGUUAGCCAAGCAAGCUGCCAAGGGCAUGCCCCCCACCAGCUCUGAGACAAGCUAAGCCUACUCUCCCUCCAAGGCAACAAAGCAGAAUCAGGAGCAGUGGAACAAAAACGGGCCAGCACCCUGACCAGCUCUCACCAAAUAUGGAAUUCUAGAGAACACGUGGGACAUCAGACUGAACUGCAUAUGCACGUGGAAUUCUCCAUUUUUGCCAUCUUCAUCUUUAAUUUUCAUCACAUCCAGCCUUAUUGGGGCAGUCCUGCUCAAGAAGUACCAGUCUGUGGAUUUGAUAAGCUGGACAUUAGUGGCCUGAAACAGUGCAGAUCCUGUUUAGCCACUUCCGCCAUUGGAGUUCAUAGGAACAAACAGAAGAGAUACCCAUUGUCUUUAGUACUUGGUUUAUUCUCAUCAUCCUAACUGAAUAUUUGUAUCUGAAGCAGAAAUAAAAAGAUUGCGUUCUUUUUA